GCGCGGGCGCACCGUGGAGCCCCCCCGGGAGCCGCGCUCCGAGCCCCGGCGCGCCGCCGCCUCCCGCCCGCCGCCGCCCCCCGCUUCUACCGCCACCGCCGCCACCAUGAACAAGCUUUACAUUGGGAACUUAAACGAGAACGUGACUCCAGCCGACCUGGAGAAAGUCUUCAACGACCACAAGAUCUCCUUCAGCGGGCAGUUCCUGGUCAAGUCCGGUUACGCCUUUGUGGACUGCCCCGACGAGCAGUGGGCCAUGAGAGCCAUCGAAACUUUUUCGGGGAAAGUGGAGCUUCAUGGAAAACAGCUAGAGAUUGAACAUUCAGUACCUAAAAAGCAAAGGAGCCGGAAAAUUCAAAUCCGAAACAUCCCCCCCCAGCUGCGAUGGGAGGUCCUAGAUGGUUUGCUAGCCCAGUAUGGCACCGUAGAAAACUGUGAGCAAGUCAACACGGACAGUGAGACCGCCGUGGUCAACGUCACCUACGCCAACCGGGAGCAGACCCGGCAAGCCAUCAUGAAGCUGAAUGGGCACCAGCUGGAGAACCACGCGCUGAAGGUCUCUUACAUCCCUGACGAGCAGUCCAUACAAGGACCUGAGAAUGGACGGCGCGGUGGCUUUGGAGCACGUGGUGCACCCAGGCAGGGCUCCCCCGUCACUGCAGGGGCACCUGUCAAGCAGCAGCCUGUGGACAUCCCCCUCCGCCUCCUGGUGCCCACCCAGUACGUGGGUGCCAUCAUUGGCAAGGAAGGGGCCACCAUCAGGAACAUCACCAAGCAGACACAGUCCAAGAUUGACGUGCACCGGAAAGAAAAUGCUGGAGCUGCUGAAAAAGCCAUCAGCAUCCACUCCACCCCUGAGGGCUGCUCUGCUGCCUGCAAGAUGAUUUUGGAGAUCAUGCAGAAGGAGGCAAAAGACACCAAGACAGCUGAUGAAGUGCCUCUGAAAAUCUUGGCCCACAACAACUUCGUGGGGCGCCUGAUUGGCAAAGAAGGGCGGAACCUGAAGAAGGUGGAGCAGGACACAGAGACCAAAAUCACCAUCUCCUCCUUGCAGGAUCUGACUCUGUACAACCCCGAGAGGACCAUCACAGUGAAGGGCUCCAUUGAGAACUGCUGCAAAGCAGAGCAGGAGAUCAUGAAGAAAGUGAGGGAAGCCUAUGAGAAUGAUGUGGCCGCCAUGAGUCUGCAAUCCCACCUCAUCCCUGGCCUUAACCUUGCUGCAGUUGGCCUCUUCCCUGCCUCCUCCAACGCGGUGCCUCCUCCACCAAGCAGUGUCUCUGGAGCUGCACCCUACAGCUCCUUCAUGCCUCCAGAGCAGGAGACAGUGCAUGUCUUCAUCCCUGCCCAGGCAGUUGGUGCCAUCAUUGGCAAGAAAGGUCAACACAUCAAGCAGCUCUCCCGCUUUGCAAGUGCCUCUAUCAAGAUUGCCCCUCCAGAGACGCCGGACUCCAAAGUGCGCAUGGUUGUCAUCACAGGCCCUCCAGAAGCUCAGUUCAAGGCACAAGGCAGGAUUUAUGGGAAGCUGAAGGAGGAGAACUUCUUUGGACCGAAGGAAGAGGUGAAACUGGAGACACACAUCCGCGUGCCCGCCUCGGCCGCAGGCAGAGUCAUCGGCAAAGGGGGCAAAACUGUCAACGAGCUCCAGAACCUGACAGCGGCAGAGGUGGUGGUACCACGGGACCAGACCCCUGAUGAGAACGAGCAGGUUAUCGUCAAGAUCAUUGGGCACUUCUACGCAAGCCAGAUGGCUCAACGCAAGAUCCGAGACAUCCUGGCCCAGGUCAAGCAGCAGCACCAGAAGGGACAGAGUGGCCAAACUCAAGCACGGAGGAAAUAAGAGGAGCUCCAACCCCAACAUGAAGAGUGGAACAAGCCAAGGCCUGGGGUUAAGAGUGGCUGGGAAUCAGUGACCGUAGACAGAUGUUAAUAUUUUUGUCAUGAACCAAUGGAGAUGGAAGGGCAGUUGGGUUGGCUUUCCAGGUA